CCUGCGCAAAUAACCGACCCUGAAGUAAGUAGAUCACCGCGGGGCACUGUAGUGGUGUAGACGCCAGAAAGUGCGUGUGAGAGAUUUAUCAGCGUUGAGGGAGAAACGAAACCGAAACUGCUCCUGAACGAGCUAAGCUCUGGGCUCUAGAAGGAAUAGUCCGUGAAGCAGAGGCAUGGCUGAGGAGGACUCGGACAGCUCUCUCCAGGGUGUGUGCUGUAUUCUCUGUAAAACUGAUGAUGAGAAUAGAAUUACAGGACCUCUGCUGUCUAAAGAGGACAUCUCAGCACAUGAGAAUUGUAUGGUCUUUUCAUCAGGAAUCUACUGCAAGAACUCUCCGUCCUUUGAUGACUUGUGUGGCUUUGAUGUGGAAGAUGUGAAAGCUGAAUGCAGUCGUGGAAAGAAAUUAAAAUGCCACUACUGUAAGAAGAAUGGAGCUACUGUGGGGUGUGAGGAAAAAAAGUGUAAGCGUUCUUACCAUUACCCGUGUGCCAUAGCGGACCGUGCAAGAUGUGUGGAGGAAAAGUCUAAAGGCCUUUAUAUGCUCUACUGUCCAAAACAUGACCCAAAGCGUCCUAAAAAUUUUGAUUUGGCAAAUGAAUCAGAUUGUUCUGAUGCUGGCUCUAACACAUCAAAGACACCAAAACUAGACAACAGUCAUCAAGAAGCAUCAUCAGGGAAAUGCCACUACUGUAAGAAGAGUGGAGCUACUGUGGAGUGUGAGGAAAAAAAGUGUAAGCGUUCUUACCAUUACCCGUGUGCCAUAGCGGACCGUGCAAGAUGUGUGGAGAAAAAGUCUAAAGGCCUUUAUAUGCUCUACUGUCCAAAACAUGACCCAAAGCGUCCUAAAAAUUUUGAUUUGCCAAAUGAAUCAGAUUGUUCUGAUGCUGGCUCUAACACAUCAAAGAGACCAAAACUAGACAACAGUCAUCAAGAAGCAUCAUCAGGGCAGAAGGUCAGGGGUCAGAGGACAGUCACCCCAGUAAGAAAGAGCAGUAGAACAGGGUUGAACAAAGUAAACAGCGGGCAGCCAUUAUCUCAGAGCGAUUCAGUUAGUGCGCCUUCAAGGCCCCGAAACAAGAAGAGGCAGUUCGAAAUUAUUUUAUCUGAUUCGGAUACAGAAGUCACGCCCUUGAACAAAAAAAAGCCAGUCCGCCAGCUGGUUCUGCACACAGAGGAGGCAGGUCCUUGUGAUGAUAACCAGAUGAUUGCACCACUAGAUGAUUCAGAUUUGGAAAUCAUACCAGAAAAACAGCAAAGGGAAUCAACUCCAAUCCCUGAAGAUCAAAGAAACAAGACAAGGGAGGAGCCCAUCUCCUCUCCCAUAAAUAAUAAUGAUGAUAAUGAUGAUACAGACAUUGAAGAAAUUCAAGAAACUUACAAAGAGCCGGCCACAGCAGAAUCCCAGAGUAUGAUGGAGUCAGAGUUCCGGCAUGAGAGUGUACCACUCACCAUCAUUUCUGACUCAGGACCAUUUUCUAUUGAUUCAGAAAACAGCAUUGGCACCACUUCACCCUCUUUUGUGCCGGGACAGGCCGCUCCUCCUCCUAUGAGUAGCUCUCAUGGAUCUCUCUCAGCCCCUGAACCAGCAGCUACCGUCCCCACGCCCACCAUCACCACCUCAGUAAUAAACCCCCCUGAGCCUGACUGCCCCUCUGUUGACUCCCCGCCACUGGAGGGAGCCAGUGCUGCAGAGCCUGCUGACGUACCCAACCACGCUAUUCCUACAGUGCCCUCUCGUGGAGAGUCAGAUUUCAAGGAGGAACGUGAACAACCUGCCUGUACAGCAUCCAGGAACACACUCGCAUUAAACAUGUCACAUGACCUGCCAGAAAGCCAUGCCCCACCCAUAGAUCAUCCACUAAUCCGUGCUGCAUCACCAGGGUGCUCGACAUCAUCCACUCAAACCGCUAAAGGCAAGGAGGAAAGCCUAAGUGGAUCUGGUGCUGCCCUCUUCUGGAGGAGGUGUAAUGAGAUGGGCUGUACAAAGGCCAUAUUCUCAGAGCUCACCAAUCAAAUCAGCAGCCUGGCAGGGCGGGUGCAGUCCCAGCAUGCCACACAGCAGGAUUAUGCUGUAUCUCUUCGAAUCCUGAAAGCAUCAGGGAAGCUCCCAGCAUUAUUCCAACAACUAGACCAAGAUUUUGAGGAACAAGAGAGGGAGCUGAAGAGGAAGAGAGAGGCACUGAAGGAAGCCAGAGACCUGCUGAAGAAUCAUCCAAUUGAUGUUAAAAAUUAUACGUUGAAAAAUCAAAAACAAGAUGAUUAAUGUUUUUUUCCAAAUAAUGUCUUCAGUAAAUGGCAUAUGUUGUUUACUGCUUCUCAUUAUCUUGUUAUAAUCUACAGGUUUUUGAUACAAUCUUUUAAUUUCAGAUACCCCUAGACUAGGCUAAGACUAGGCUUAAUUCAAGUUAGCCGUGGGCUCUGAAUAGAUUUGUGUAUGUGUUGAUACUUGUAAUUUCCCAAAAGAGCACAUUAUUAUAGACCACCUUUGUCCCACAUUGAUCCCAUUUAGGCCCCAUGUUCAGUGUACAUCCAAAAAGGGGCUCAUGUUUACCCCCUCCUAGUCACAUUACUUACAGUACCUCCAUAUGUGGGUCAGCAUGGAGCCCAUGAACAAAAUUCUCUGGUUCUCAGUUGGGCUGCAGACACCCCCCACCCCCACCACAGGCCCCACAUGGGCAUGUUAUCUGGGAUGCUCUUAAUAUGAAGCUAAAUCUGGUCUUUAAGCUAAAAUCAUGCUUGUGCAUUUUGCACACAUUAUGCUUUAUCAUUCAUGCAGUAGAUGGUACUUCAACACUUGUCACUUUCCUGUAAUUUUUCUACCAUUUUCUAUUAAAAACAUUUUAAUUUGUUUAGAAUAUG